UUCGUUUUUUUCUCAACCAUCUUCCGCCGUCUCUCCCUCCUCACCAUCGUCGUUUCGAUCUCUCUCUCUCUCUAUAGAAUGGCGCCGGCUUCUCUCCACGAGCCCCCCAACACCGUCUGCGUCAUGGACGCCUCCGGCCGGCUCGGCUCCCGCCUCGUCGACCGCCUCCUCCGGCGCGGCUACUCCGUCCACGCCGCCGUCCAGAACGAAGGUGAAAUCGAUCGGCUGAAGGAGCUGUCGCUCGACGCGGAGAAGCUGAAGAUCUUCCGCUCCGAUCCUUUCGACUACCAGAGCAUCGUCGACGCCCUGAGAGGUUGCUCUGGUUUGUUCUACGCGUUCGAGCCGCCUCAGGACCAGCCGAACUACGAUGAGUACAUGGCCGAAGUGGAAGUAAGGGCAGCACACAACGUGCUGGAGGCGUGUGCACAGACGGACACCAUCGAUAAGGUGGUCUUCACUUCCUCCGUGACCGCGGCAAUCUGGAGCGAUGACCGGAAAUCACUGGAAUCGGAUUUUGACGAGAGACACUGGAGCAAUGUCAACCUCUGCCGCAAAUACAAGCUGUGGCACGCACUGUCGAAGACACUGGCGGAGAAAGCGGCGUGGGCCCUGGCGAUGGACCGAGGGGUGAACAUGGUGUCCAUGAACGGAGGGCUGCUGAUGGGACCGGACCUGUCCAUCGCCCACCCGUAUCUGAAAGGAGCGGCCGAGAUGUACGAGGACGGGGUGUUUGUGACCGUCGACGUUGACUUCCUAGUCGACGCCCACUUGUGCGUCUUCGAAGACGUCUCCGCCUACGGUCGAUAUCUGUGCUUCAGCCACGUCAUCAACCGCCCCGAGGACGCCCACAAGCUCGCGCAGAUGCUCGCUCCCUCGGCUCCUUCGAUGCCUCCAAGCAGCUGCGAUGAGGAGUUGAAAAUCAUCCAGCAGAGGAUCAGCAACAAGAAGCUCAACAAACUCAUGGUGGAUUUCGAUAGAGGAGUCCAGGUGGACCAAUCACUCUUAAAAAAAUCUCAAAUUCCACGAGCAAUUUGAGAAGAGAGAGAGAGGAAGGAGUAGAUUUUCGAUUCAUCUAGUUUAUAAAAAGAUUUUCCCAUUAGGUUCGCCGCUGCGCGUGUAAGAAAUAAUUCUCGCGCUCAUCGACGGAUGGUGGACGUGCGGGAAUAAUGGAGGUAUAAAACCAGCUCCAAUCGCACUCCGAUGAAGGGGAGAAUUUCUUCUUUUCCACAUCAGCAGAGAGCCUAAUGACAAUCUUUCAUUCAUAUAGUUGGGAGAAAUUCCUAGAAUAUGGACACUUAUAUGUGGUUAGGUUGAUGCUGCCCGGCCCGCACUUGGGACAGACACGGGGGCGUCAGGCCUAUCGUUGUCUCGAGGUAAAGCAAAAGAGUCAACGACGGAACCAAAGGUAAGGUGCAGUUAAUAUACAAGUGGGAGGUGGACGGGAAGAAGACGGAGAUUGCCGACGUUCUCCCACGAUGUAAUUGUUAACUGCCUCCUACCUCCAGCUUGUCAUGCCCAAUGAAUGCCUAGUGGACGGCGAUGUAAAUAAAUGCUGGAUUUCUUCUCCUCCUCCUCCUCCUUUCCUUUUUCGUCGUUUUUUUUUUUUUUUUGGAGUAAUCAGACAUGGUUGAGAGAUGCCAUGACCGAUUCGUUUCUUUCUUUCUCUUGGUUUUGCUGC